AUGGGUUGGUAUUUUGUAUUGACUCUGCUGCUAUUGCAGCAAUGCGGAUAUCUCAUUGUGGCAGAACCUGGCAAUAUUGCGGAGGCGGUGGCACCAAACCCAAUCAACGUCGAAACGGGGGAAUUAGCUGAUAAUAACCGUGAAGAACGCGACUUAUUUGGACUUUUUAAGAAACAACCAGCAGCAGCGCAACCUGUGCUAGGGGUAAACAUAGGCGGCGGUCUCGGUGCCGGUGUUGGAUAUGGCGCAGCUAAUAGCGCUUAUGGCGGUGGUGGACAUUAUGGCAUCAAGACAAGUCAUGCUGGAUAUGGACAUGGACAUAACCAUGGUGGUGGUGUUGGCGUGGGCGUGGGUUACGGUAAAGGCGGUUAUGGUAGCUAUCGUUCUGGUGGUUAUGGCGGCGGCAGCUCUUACAGCUUUUCGCCGUCGCAUAAUGUAUUUGGCGUUAAAACUGGCUCAAAUGUCCAAAUCAGCAAUGACUUCCUUAUUCACGAACGCCCCCAAAUACCGGCCUACGCCAACUGUCCAGCAUACCGAUUACCCUCGAAUAUGUUGGUGAAAUGUCGCGACAAUCAAUGUGAGGUUAGCUGUCCGGCGCAAUACAGCUUUCCCGAUGGCAAAACAUUGCUCAAGUUUGCCUGCAUAAGUGGCUCGUGGAUAGUACGCGAUGCAGAUAUAACAACUGUGCCGCCAUGCCAGGCUACCUGCAUACCACCCUGUGAGAAUAACGGCAUUUGUGUGGAGGCAGGCAUAUGCAAAUGCGCAGAGAACUUCUAUGGGCCUUGGUGUCAGAAUAAGAAGACCUUCUGUAGCGGUAAGCCCCCAAUACCGAGAAAUUCGCGCGUCAGUUGUAGUAAUAACAUUUGCAAUGCCGAGUGCAUGAGCGGCUUUCAAUAUCCCGAUGGCAGUACCAUAACGAAUCUGGA